CUACUUUUGAUUAACUCCUUUUGAUUUACUUCUUUUGACUUACUCCUUACUCCUUUGGUGUAACAGAUAUACGAAGACGCUAAUCGUCGAUUGACUUAUAAAAACUACACGUCUUCGAAGUCCUCUCGCUUUUUUGAUUCACGAAGGUAGCUAAUAUUUCAAGUUUUCUUUACUAUUCAUUGUCUUGUCUAAUUUCAUUAGAAGUCAACGUUGCCCUUUUGUAUUGCUAAUCAAGUGGGUUUUUGCUAAUUAAGAGCUUUAAAUCCUUAAGGCAAUUUCAAAAAAACAAAAACAAAAAAAUUGAAAUUACGUUCUUCUGUACUCUAAUUUAAAGCUAGAUUAUUACCUUUAUAAUCUGCUUAUUUUGAUCUAGAUAUAUAUUCCCGACCUCUUUCGUUAAUCAUGGGUGUUGAUACCUCGGUGGCUACUACCACAAUUACACACACGGUUACUGCCACGACUACGUUGUCCCCUUCUUUUGAACUUAUUUCCAUCACCUUAGGUGAAAAGUUUCUUCAGUGUUUAAAUCUUUUAGAUAAGUUACCUGGUGGUCAAAUAAUUCUUAGAUACAUUAAGUCUUCUUAUAAAGAUGACCCCAUUAGAUCUCUUUUUGAAUUAGCUUUGUUUGUUUUCGCUAUCCACUAUUUUCUUUCUUCUAAGAAGAAAGAAAAUAAAUCCGAAUUGGUUAAGUUUUCCGGUCGUGAAAUUGAUGAGUUAGUUAAUGAAUGGACUCCUUCAUCUUUAGUUGAACCAGUAAAUGACUUAGAAAAAUGGGAAUUGAAAUCCAUUCCUCAAGUUCAUGGUGCAAAUGGUUUGUAUGUUAAGUUGGAUAAUCCAAAGAUUAAUGAUGCAGUUUUAAAUUUGGCUUCAAAUGAUUUCUUAAACUUAAGUUCUAGUGAAGAUAUUAAAUCUGCUGCCAAAGGUGUGAUCAGUUCAUCCGGUGUUGGUGCCUGUGGUCCUCCAAAUUUUUAUGGUACCCAAGAUGUUCAUGUAAGAUUGGAAGAAGACUUAUCUAACUUUUUAGGGACUGAACAAGCAAUCAUAUAUGGUCAAGAUUUUGUCACUGCUGGUUCCGUAAUCCCUUCAUUCUUGAAAAGAGGAGAUUUAAUCAUUGCCGAUAGUGGGAUUAAUUUAGCUAUUCAAAAAGCUUUGAUCGUUAGUCGUUGUGAUAUCGAAUGGUAUGAUCAUAAUGAUAUGGAUCACUUGGAACAAAUCUUAACUGAAGUCAAACCAGUCUUGGAUAAACAAAAACCAAUUCGUAGAAGAUUUAUUGUUACUGAAGGUCUUUUUGCUAAUUCUGGGGAAAUCGCUAAUUUACCUCGUAUUGUUGAAUUGAAAAAUAAAUUUAAAUAUAGAUUGUUUUUAGAUGAAACAUUAUCCAUUGGUACCAUUGGUAAAACCGGUAAAGGUAUUGUUGAACACUUUAAUAUUCCAAGAUCAGAAAUUUCAAUCACUAUUGGUUCCAUGGCUUUAUCAUUUGCUUCCUCUGGUGGAUUCUGUGUCGGUGUUGCUCCAAUGGUUCUCCAUCAAAGAAUUCAAUCUAAUGCUUACGUCUUCAGUGCUUCUUUACCACCUUAUUCAGCUAAAGUUACUUCUGAGGCAAUUAAAUUGAUCACCUCUAAGACUACAUCUUCAGGUGACUCUGCUAUAAUCCAUGAUUUACAAUCAAAUGUGUCUGCUGUCUACAACCAAUUAUUAAAUUUGAAUAAUUCCUAUGUCCAAGUUGUUUCUAAUCCCUUAUGUCCUGUUAUCCAUGUAUCAUUAGAUCAAGCCUACAGAUCUUCUUUAAACUUGCCAGUUGCUUAUGGUUCUUUGGAUUUCUUAAAUACCGGAAAGCAAGCAGCUUCUUUGAAUGAAUUUGAUCACAAAUAUAAUGCAGAAUCUUUCAUACUACAAAAAAUCAUUGAUCAACUUCUCAUUCAAUCUAAUGUUUUGAUUACUAGAUCAAAAAACAUUUUGGAACAUGAGAAUUUACCUACUGCUAAUCCUCAUUUAUUAAUCUUUAUCAGUUCUGGUGCUAAGCAGGUUGAUUUGAGUAAUGCCAUUGCAUCUUUAGACUCAAUAAUUAGCAAUGUAUGCAGCUCAAUCAAGUCUGAAGCAGACCUCCUCAAUCUUGAAAAUGAAAUUGCAAGAUAUUAAUCCUUAUAAAUUUCAAUACUUCUUGAAUCAAGUGUUUUAUAAUUGCGGUAUCUGACAACGUUUGCCGUGUUUAUACUAGUUAAUAAACUAAUUAUAUAGCUGCUUCUUCCCCCAGCAUGAUUACAUGCUUCAAUGACUUAUCCUAAUUGGAUCUCUACAAAUUUGAAAAAUGUCUUUCUCUUAAUCUCUC